AUGAACUACAACGAGAAGAAAGACCCCAAACUGCAAAUGAUGCCCAGCACAGCCAAUGGCCAAGCAAAACUAAAGGAGCUGGAAGCGCGGGGAAACUGGGGCAGUAAAGCCGAGUUCAUUUUAACGGUGAUGGGAGCUAUAAUUGGACCUGGAAACGUGUGGAGAUUCCCUUACUUGUGUUACAAAAACGGAGGGGGUGUGUUCUUCAUUCCAUAUGUUUUGUUCUUGGUGACGUGCGGGAUCCCGCUAUUCUUCCUGGAGACUUCUCUGGGACAAUACACCAGCCAGGGAGGAAUAACAUGCUGGAGGAAGAUGUGUCCGCUAUUUGAGGGUAUGGGCUACACCUGUAACCUUGUCAUCUCAUUCGGUGCCAUCUCCUACAUUGUGAUCUUGGCAUGGGCCUUUUUCUAUCUCUUCUCCUCCUUCAGUGCAGAGCUACCCUGGGCAAGCUGCGGAAACUGGUGGAACACUGACUCAUGCAUGGACUACAGCAAGCAGAAUCUCAGCACCAACCUGACAUCAAGACAGAAUGCCACACUACCAGUCAUGGAGUUUUGGGAGCGCAGGGUGCUGAAAAUUUCAGGGGGGAUCGAGGAGAUGGGCAGCAUCAGAUGGGAGCUGGCACUUUGUCUCCUUCUCACCUGGGUCAUCUGUUACUUCUGUGUCUGGAAGGGAAUUAAGUCCACAGGCAAGGCUGCUUACUUUACGGCCACAUUCCCGUAUGCCAUGCUCCUGGUCCUGCUGAUCCGCGGUGUCACUCUGCCUGGGGCCAUAGACGGCAUCAUCUUUUACAUUUACCCUGACAUCUCUCGCCUCACAGACCCACAGGUGUGGAUGGAUGCAGGCACACAGAUUUUCUUCUCCUAUGCUAUCAGCUUGGGCUUCCUCACAUCCCUGGGCAGCUACAACAGUUACAACAACGACUGCUACAAGGACUGUUUUUACCUGUGUCUUCUAAACAGUGGCACCAGCAUUGUGUCAGGCUUCGCAAUCUUCUCUGUUUUGGGCUUCUUGACCUAUGAACAGGGGUUGUCCAUUGAAGAGGUGGCUCAGUCAGGUCCUGGGCUGGCAUUUAUUGUGUAUCCUCGAGCAGUAGCCAUGAUGCCCAUGCCUCAGAUCUGGUCUGCCUGUUUCUUCAUCAUGAUCAUCCUUCUGGGUCUGGAUAGCCAGUUUGUUGGGCUGGAGUGUUUGAUGACAUCUGUUGUGGAUCUGUUCCCUACCUAUCUGCGCCGUGAGUUCAGGAGAGAGCUGCUCUUGCUGGCUAUCUGCACAAUAUGCUUCCUACUGGGGCUUGCCCUGGUCACAGAGGGAGGGACAUACCUGCUUCAGCUACUAGACCACCAUGUGUGCAGUGGGACCACCCUGCUGCUGCUUGCCUUUUGUCAGUCUGUCUGCAUUGCCUGGGUCUAUGGUGCUGAACGUUUCUAUGGUAACAUCAGUGAUAUGAUUGGCUACAGACCUCUGCCUUUGAUGAAGUACUGCUGGCUCUACAUCACUCCUACAGUAUGCACAGCUACCUUCAUCUUCUCCAUAGUCAAGUACUCACCAUUGAAGUUCAGCAACACAUAUGUUUAUCCUGUCUGGGCUAACAUCAUUGGCUGGUUCAUUGCCACUAUCUCCCUCUCCUUCAUCCCACUAUGGAUGGUCUACAAAAUGGCCAACGGCAAUGGAACCCUGCGCCAGCGGUUCUCUGUGCUCUGUCGGCCUGUAGACGACCUCCCCGUGAACCACACAUGCAAAACAGAUGUCCCUCUUUAUCUGGCGACCUCAGACGUUGUCAGCUCCAACAUGGAGCUGAAGCCUCUCGCCUUCACAACGGGGGAUGAGAACGCGCUGUGAACUCUCACAGACUAUCAGAGAGAGAUGUACAUCUUUAGUCCAUCGGCGGUGCCAAUGUAUAAUAUAUUGCACAUGCAAAAAAUACACGUUUGUUUGUGCUUAGUCUUGUCACGUUCUGACCUUAGUUCUUUUGUUAUUUCUUUGUUUUAGUAUGGUCAGGGCGUGAGUUGGGUGGGUUAUCUAUGUUUGUUUUUCUAUGUUGGUUUUUGCGUUUGGCCUGGUAUGAUUCUCAAUCAGAGGCAGGCGUCGUUAGUUGUCUCUGAUUGAGAAUCAUACUUAGGUAGCCUUUUUCCACCUGUGUUUCGUGGGUGUUUAUUUUCUGUGUCUGUGUGUUCCACACGGAACUGUUUCGGUUGAUUAUUUCACGUGUUGUUUAUUGUUUUGUUUCAGUGUUCGAUUAUUUUAAUAUAGAGCAUGAACACGUACCACGCUGCGCAUUGGUCCGCCGAUCCUUACUAAUCCUGCUCAUCUGAGGAGGAGGAAGACAGCCGUUACAAGUCUUUACAUUGUGCUUAGUCUUUACAGAAACAGCCACCCUAUUCACCCACACAUACCUUGUUGGAUUUUAGUUUGACGUUUGUCUAUACAGAGUGAUGUGGAGAACACUGACUCAGAGUCAUGUAUAGCAUCUCUGAAUGCAGCCUUUACCUGCACUACAAUGCAUCAAUGGGACAUCGUGCUCCUUUUGUAACCUGGUCCCAAAUCUGUGAGUGCUCUUGUUGACUCCAUUGCUGUCAAUGUCAUGCCAAAAAUUCCAUUAGGCAUGAGAGCAGAAACAGACUGGCACACAACCAUUUUGUGGAACAAAUUUAGCAAGGCGACUAAAGAUAUGUGUGUGAAAUGAUGUAUUGAAAAACUGAAAAUAAGAAAUGACCUCAUAUAUAUCUCAGUGGAUUAGAUUAUAUGAAAAAACAUUAUCUGGGUUCACACAGCACAUAUGAAAUCAGAAAACUAAACUUUUCAGGCUUUAUAAUAGCACUUCCUCUUCAUUUAGUUUUGACCUCUUCUAUCCUCCAUUUGUUUAUCUGUGUGCACACAAGUGUACGUCAAUGCGUGGGCGAUUGCCUGUGCGUGUGUAUAUGUUUGUGUUUAUGUGCUGCAGAUUAAAUGGAUGCUAAAAUUAAAAUAUUCUGUAGUAUGUAUAGAGGAACAGUGAUUCUUGGUCCAAAUAUUGUAUUACUCUGUCUUCUACAAUGUAUUUUAAAUUUAUAAUGCGGGUCUUGCAGAGAUGUUGAGACACGUUUCAAUGUCAUUUAAAUCAAUCACAUAAACUACUCUAUGGACUACCCGCUAACAAUAUAAUGCUCGACAAUUACUGUAAAAAAAAAAAAAAAUGCCACACAGUUCAAAUGUCAGCUUGGUAUUGUUGGCAUCUUUUCCUGCUUCACUGCACAAACACUUGAAAGGUGCUUUUGUGUGAAUCAGUGGGUCCCUCCCCCAGGUGGCCAGCUGAGACCAAGGAGAGUAACAAUGGUCAAAUGUGCAUGAAUGUGUAGGUAAACUGAGGGGAGAAUCCAUCCUGGCUCCAGUCUCAGUCCAUCUGAGACAAAGAGCAUCUUCUCUUUAUUAUGUACUGAUCAGCUGAUAGGUUGUUUCCCCAUCUGACUGUAAUGCUGAUGUUAUGGCUCAAGUUUUCUCGCUACCCUUCUGCUUUAAAUUACCAUCAAUGUACUCUACUUGUAUUUGAAUACUUUGGUUUUGGU